UGUCAACGAUUGCCGCCGCGCCGAAAUGUCAAUGUCAAAGUGAAAAAAAUCAAAAAACAUGUCGCAUUUAUAGCUGUGUAUUCUAUUUCUUGUUUUCAUUUUCGUUCUGAUGUAACAAAAAUGCCCUCAACGUCGAAUAUGUUACGGACUUGCGGCUUAAUUUCUUGCCUAAUUUUGUCAGUGCUCGGGGACAGCGAGGGAGCUUCAGAACCAUGGAUAAACUCGUUUAAAGUGGAGAAUAAACAGUGUUUUGAAAAUAAUUGUAAAUAUUUGUUGAAUGUGCGCGGCGGGCAGUUCCUGGGGCAUUCCUCGUGGAGAUUAACCCCCAACGCAGGUGCUAGGGGCGGCAGCUGUGAUGUGAUCUACCCUAACUACGAAUUACAGGAAAUUUUCACUGACCAGUGGUAUACGAGAAUUCAAGUGUGGGUUCCUAAUGUAGACGCGAAAAUAUUCUUCUGCCUACACAAUUCGGAGGAGAAGACCAGCCAUUUCGCUGGAAAGUUUGUUCAUCAAGGAGGAGACCUAUUUUUGGAUCCCAAAAAUGAUGAUGUUUCCCCUCACAAUGAUACCCAACUAUCCACCAGCGAAAGGAACUACCAAGACAACGAAAUACAGCCGACAGCGUCAGAUAAGUCAAACCUGGAACAGAUGAACUCCAACUGGACAGAUCUGUCCCACGACACCGACGUAAAUUACCAACCGAACCAGCCAAGGCUGACUAGAGAAGAAGCAAAGUACAUAGAAGUCCUACGCAACAACAAAUACGUCCCGUUGUACCAAAACCCAAAAAACCCCCACGAAAAGGACUCAAAGCAGCCCAGAAAGCUCAAAAGGGAGAUUAUUACCGCGAAUAAGACUUUGGAACACGAAGACAGCAACACUGUUGAAGCAGAAGCCAAAAGCAAACGAGAAAUAGUAAAAGCGGGUUUAGAAAUGACAACCCCAACCGUAGCCCCCACAACAGAAAUCCACAAGCGGCAAGUGACAGACUACGACGACAUAGUGGUCAGAGCUGAGCGAAUACCCGUCAGGAUCGAGGGUAUACGAGUGGAGGAGUCUUCGAAACCCCCAGAUAUUAUAGAGGGGGGUAUCCCCAGUGUGUUGUCUGGGUCGGGGUUGAGUCUAAGGGUGUUUGGGGAGGGGAUAACGGCUGGGACGGUGAUCGCGUUCACGUAUGAUGCGUUAGACUACGGGUUGCCGUGCAAGUUUUUGGUGAAGGGGGAGUAUAUGAUAAAACCAGACUCCCUCACAUCCAAAUCGGCCAUCUUCGAAAUAACCGCGCCAACCUCCCAAACAGACAUGAAACUCUACAUCUGCGCCAAAAACCUGCGCGCCGGGGUCAGUGACCCCUUCUCCGACGAAGACAAAUAUUACCAUCAAGGCAUCGAACCUUGGACCAUCCUAGCCACCCACAAUAAGCUACUACCCCUCUGGGCCACGCUAACACUAAUCUUAGUCUGUCUGAUGUUCUCAGCCUUAUUUUCCGGGCUGAAUCUUGGAUUGAUGUCUUUAGAUCGGACAGAACUGAAGAUUAUUUCCAACACAGGCACAGAACAGGAGCGUAAAUACGCCAGGGCUAUUAUGCCAGUUAGGGAUCACGGGAACUAUCUGCUCUGCAGUAUUUUGUUAGGAAAUGUGGCGGUUAAUUCCACAUUCACUAUUUUACUGGAUGAUUUGACGUCUGGUCUGUUCGCGGUGAUUUUCUCGACGCUUUCCAUUGUGCUGUUGGGCGAGAUCACGCCGCAAGCGAUCUGUUCCAGGCAUGGUUUGAUGGUUGGCGCUAAGAGUAUUAUUGUUACUAAGGCGGUGAUGGCAGUCACAGCCCCCCUCGCCUUCCCCGUGUCCAAGAUCCUAGACUACCUCCUCGGGGAGGAGAUAGGCUCCGUGUACAACCGGGAGAGGCUGAAGGAGCUGGUCAAGGUGACCACCGACGUCAAUGACCUCGACAAGGACGAGGUCAACAUCAUAUCGGGAGCCCUCGAGCUGAGGAAGAAAACCGUGGACCAGGUGAUGACCAAACUGGAGGAUGUGUUCAUGCUGCCGAUUGAUAGCGUGCUGGACUUUGAGACUAUGAGCGAGAUUGUCAAGUCUGGGUUCUCCCGUAUUCCCGUCUACGAGAACACGCGCGCCAACAUCAUCACCGUGCUCUUCAUCAAGGACCUAGCGUUCGUGGACCCGGACGACAACACGCCGCUGCGCACGCUGUGCCAGUACUACCAGAACCCCUGCAACUUCGUGUUCCACCACGUGACGUUGGACAUCAUGUUCAAGCACUUUAAGGAUGGUCACAAGGGCCACAUGGCGUUCGUGCACCGCAUCAACAACGAAGGCGAUGGAGACCCCUUCUACGAGACCAUCGGGCUCAUCACACUCGAGGACGUCAUUGAGGAGAUGAUACAGGCGGAGAUUAUUGAUGAGACUGAUGUGUUCAUGGACAACCGCACCAAACGCCGGCGCAACAAGCCGAUGAACAAGCUGCAGGACUUCACCGCCUUCGCGGAGAGGCACGAGACGCAGCGCAUCCACAUCUCACCCCAGCUGACCUUAGCUACGUUCCAGUUCCUCAGCACCAGUGUGGACGCGUUCCGGCCCGAGCUGGUGUCGGAGACGGUGCUGCGGCGGCUGCUGCAGCAGGACGUGGUGCGCCAGGUCAAGGUCAAGGCCAAGAGCAAGAGUGAUGCUGCCAUGCUGGUGUACCAGCAGGGGAAGGCGGUGGACUACUUCGUGCUGAUCCUGGAGGGGCGCGUGCGGGUGACGGUGGGGCGCGAGGCGCUGGUGUUCGAGGCGGGGCCCUUCACCUACUUCGGCGUGCAGGCGCUCACGCAGAACGUGGGAGUUGCGGAGUCCCCCACCCCGUCGGCGGUGGGCUCUCUCCAGAACCUGCAGGUGGAGGCGCUGCUCAGACACACCUUCGUGCCGGACUACAGCGUGCGAGCUAUUACUGACGUGUUUUAUCUUAUUGUUAAACGAUCUCUGUACAUGGCGGCCAAGCGAGCCACACUCAUGGAGAAGGGCGUGCUCUCGAAGGGGCUCGGGCCGACCAACGAACAGUUCGACACGGAGGUCGACAAGCUGUUGCAGUCAGUGGAUGAAGACCUGAGCGUGAGCGGGGACCACAAGACUCCGUCCAGACAGUUGUUCAACAACUGCUCUUCCCAGGUGUCCCCCCACCCCCCGCCGGCCUCCGCGUCCCCCUACACGCGGGCCACCUUCUCCCCCCCUAAGGACCAGAUGGACCACGCCGUGGACCACUCGGACCACGCGGACCAUGGGGACCACACGAGGGAGGAAGAGGAACAGGAGAAGCUGUUGAAAUAACACACGGCUAUUUUUGUUACGGAUGGGGAUAUGUUAUAACAGUAGUAUUGGGGUGGGUUGGUAGUGGUGUUGGUAUAAGACUCGAGUAUUCAUCAAGACAUUUGAGUCUUUGUUCAAAUGU